AUGGACGGCCACCGAGAAAAAUCGGUGGACCAGCUUUCUGUCGGCAUGCUUGCGUCGCUGAUGCAGCUCCAGGGCUGCCGGGGCUACACCCCGAUUGACUCCGGCCGGGCUGUGGCUGACUUGAAGGAACUCCGGGCAGCGACACCCGCCGCAGAGGCUCGCCAGCAAGUUCGGGAGGAUUUGCAAAGCUUCUGGUCCAGGUUGCGCCGACUGCGCCGCGGGCGCAGGUCGAGCCGGCGCCAUGACAGUGGCAGCCGCAGCCGUUCCGAGGCCCGACGCGACAAGAAGCGCCCGGGAGCCUGGUCGCCGACGCAGGCGGGCAGAACGUAA